AUGAGAAACAGGCAGAAUCAAAAGAACUGGACUAAUUUAAGAGGUCUAUUGUCCGUUGAAGAGAGAGAAAAACUAGAAAAUUUACGGCUUGAACUAGUAUGUAUGCAAGCUGCUAAUAGUAUUCCACAUGACCCACCGGAAAUCAGUAGUCUGGAGACGGAAUUGAUUUGCUUAACAACGAACACAAAAGAUUGCAAACCAGUGAGGUUCCACAGUGAUUUACUUUUAAAGAAGCACAAAUACAAUGAAAUUAAGAAAAUAUUUAAGGAAAUUUUGGAAAACAUUGAAGCAUAUCGCGAUGAGUUCACUAAAAAUCAAACAAAAAUAAACUUACUUCUUGCCGAUGACGCAAGAGCUAGCCUGCGUAAUAGAUCGCUCGAUUUUUCUGAUUUAAUGCCUUCGAGUAUAAUUAAGGACGUACAGGUUUUAGCCAAUAUGGAAGCCAAUGUUGUUGUCAUGAAAAAUGCGUUGAAAACGAAGUUGGUUGGAGAGAAAAGUGUGCCUGUUGCUUCUUCUCCUAUAUCCAGCAUAAUUCCUCGAACUUCUAGGAAUAAAAAAACCUCCCCAUCAAACUAUCACCAUUCGGUACUUUCACAUCGGAAAUCAAAUGAAUGGAAUCAGGUCAGUUCAACUGAGUAUAAGAGAACACUGUUAUUGAAUAUAAAAUAUAAUGAUGAUUUUAAAGCUACCAUAGUGCCAAGUUUUGAAAGUUGUUUAUGCUCGAGGUCAUAUUUCCUCCGCGUAAAACUUCAUUUUGAUAAAGGUGUUGGAUCUGCUGAAAUUGAUAUCCCAGUUCAAGUUAAAAACUCUUUUAUUUGA